AUGGUGGUGCUGCGAACCGCCGCGGCCGAGGCCACAUUAGCCGCGACCGCUGCCAGUGCCGCCGCCGCUCCCGCCGCCGCCGCCGCCCUCGCCGCCCCCGCCGCCGCGCCGUCGGCGGCUCACCACCAAGUCGUGGCUCUGCGCAACGAGGAGGACUGGCGGAUGAUGCUGCAGGCGUCGAUGGAGACGCCGGCCGUGGUCAAGUUUGACGCGGCAUGGUGCGCCCCCUGCCGCGCGGUGGCGCCCGUCUUUGCCGCGCUGUGCGCGCGGCACUCGCACUUGCUCUUCGCGCGGCUGGACGUCGACGAGAUGGAGGAGUGCGCCACCGAGCUGCGCAUCACCACGAUGCCCACCUUUUGCGUCUUUCGGCACGGCAAGCGAGUCGAGACGCUGAGCGGUGCCGAGAGGGCGCCGCUUAUGGCGUUGGUGGAGCGGGCGGUGGCGCGCCUCGAGACGCCCAAGGCAGAGCCUUGA